AUGGUCACCUACGACUUCAUAUGGAUUGACGCUAUAUGCAUCAACCAAAACGACAUCGGUGAAGUCAACGACCAAGUUUCUCGUAUGGGCGAGAUCUAUUUACGUGCCGGUCGAACAGUGGUUUGGCUGCCUAGCAAUGCUCUCCAGGAUCCCAUGUUCCGGUUCGACCUGGAAUUCGGUGUGAAAAGCAAGGCAUUUGAGAUCAACAAUAUCGGCAUCGCUCUGAGGGAAACCCCAGAAAAUAACUUCCGGCCGGAGUCCGACUUUCGCAAGGUUCUAGAGAUUAUCGACACUCGAUCCGAGUUCCAGGAGAAGGGAACUGUUGACUUGUUGGAAGCUUUCCGGCUAGCUCACUACUACGACAGCUCCAACGGCCAAGACAAGAUAUGUGGAUUGUUAGGUAUCUGCAGUCAACUGAGGGAACAUGUCAUUAUCGACUACGCAAAGUCCCCAGCAACAGUUUGGACCGAAGCUGGGACAGUGUUGCUUUCGCUCUAUGGCUUAACAGGGCUUGCGCAAGUCACUCUUGGAAGUGGACUGGCUGCGUUCCUAAUUUUCAAAAACUACCUCCGAAACUUUGGGAGAGAGCGAAAGAGCCGGAACCUGAAAGUGUUUGCCGGAGGUAGCAGUUCUCUGGAUACUUAUCAGUCAGACGAGGGCCAUCGAUGGAUGUUGUACGAAGACACCUCUGAACCGAUGCAGCUCGUAUUUUGGAGCACUCUUCGUCAGGAUUCGGAACAAAGCAUUCGGCAGUGCGACGAUUUAACCAAGUGGCACGAGUCCUUCUGUCGCGAGGCAGGGACGAAUAUCUUCUCAUUUGACAGCCUUCUUCUCAGCAGUCGUGACGCGGAUACUCAUGUGAUAUCACAGACCCAAUCAGGAACCGACGUUGCUGUCAGCCUUACGAAGCCCAGGGCUCUCACGGCGAACAAAAGGCUCUGCUGGACUGAGCUGAGCAGGCUCGGUUUAUUGCCUAGGGAGGCAGAGGAAGGAGACUUGGUGGCAAUAUUUGCAGGUUGCGCCACUCCGUCUGUCGUUAAGCGCCAAAACGACGAAAAGCUAGCAUAUUCCAUGUUUAGCCCGGCCUACAUCCACGGAGUUAUAGAUGAAGAGGCGCAUCCGAUAAGCUAG